AUGCUUCUUGCUGGUCCUCUGACAAAGCAGGUAGUGAGAGGAUCAGGCAGUGGGGUGAAUGAUGCCUUUGACUGCAGUCACGCCAUACCUCCAGGCUCUAAACAGUACUUUGAAUCCCUUCAAAGCAAAGGGGUGACUCACUUCAAGGUGCCGCUAUCAUGGGCUCAAAUCCUGCCUACGGGUCUCUCCAGUCAGCCCCGACAGGCUGUGGUUACCUGCUACCAGACCCUCCUGAGACAGCUGCUGGAGGUGGGCCUUCAGCCUCUGGUUGUCCUCCAUGGAUCCACAGUACCAGAUGCUCUGAGAUCAAGGUUUGGAGGCUGGGAGAGCCAGGAGCUGGUAGAGAUGUUUCAGCAGUAUGCAGAGUUUGCCUUCCAGGAGUUUGGCGCACUGGCACACUCCUGGGUGACACUGAGUGACUUGGAUGAUGUUUGGGAUGAAGGGCAGCCUGCAGGUGCUCCCGGCUUUCUGCAAAAUACCCUGCAACUCAGCAAGAACAUUUACCAGCUGUACCAUCAGCGCUUUCCUGAUAAAGGGAGACGUCUGUCAGUAGGACUGAGAGCUAGUGACGUUCCAGAACUUAUCUUAUUCCUGAACAACAGAGACCUGAAUAUUGUUGGAUGUGACAUGAAGGACAUGUUGGGUGAGCUGGACAUGCAGGACGCUCAAGCCAGUCACAGUAUUCCAGACUACACAGAAAAGACAAUGUUCAGAAACAGCUACCAGAGUGUGUGGGAAAAGUUUGGGGCCCAGACUACCAUGGAACGAGAUCUUUUCCUUGAAGAUUCAUUCCCCUUUGGUUUCCAGUGGGCCACCUCCAGUGAGUCCUUCAAGGUUGAAGGUGGCUGGUUAGAAGGUGGGAAGGGUGAGACCAUUUGGGACCGUUUUGGUCAUGAUGGCCUAGCCUUUGCAAAUCAGACAGCUGAUCUAGCUUGUGACAGUUACCACAAAGUGGAUUACGAUGCUUACCUUCUGCGAGGUCUUCAUGUCAACACCUACCAGUUUUCUAUCUCCUGGGCUCGUGUUUUCCCCUCGGGUCUCAGAGGCACCCAAUCAGAGGAAGGGGCUCUCUACUAUGACAAGCUGAUCAAUGCUCUCAUUGAUUCUGGCAUACAACCUGUUGUCACUCUUUACAACUGGGAUCUGCCCCAGGCACUCCAGGACUUUGGAGGAUGGACCCACACUUCCAUUGUUGAAGCCUUCAAGGACUAUGCAGACUUCUGCUUCUCCAGGUUUGGAGACAGGGUCAAGACCUGGAACACAUUCAGUAGCCCCUGGGUUGUGAGCCAUGCUGGGUAUGGCACUGGUGAGCAUCCCCCCGGAGUAAAGGACUAUGUGGUUUCCUCCUAUCUGGCUACUCACAAUAUGCUCAAGUCCCAUGCUGAAGCCUGGCAUGUCUACAAUGACAAGUACAGGCUGAAACAAGGAGGGAAAGUAGGCAUUGCACUGAACUCUGACUGGGCUGAGCCCAUGGACCCCUCCAGUCCUGAAGACAUAGCAGCUGCAGAUCGUUACCUACAGUUAAUGCUGGGCUGGUUUGCACAUCCUAUAUUUGUAGAUGGAGAUUAUCCUGCAACACUCAAGACUCAGAUUGAAGAGAAAAAAAGAGAGUGUCCCCACUCGGAGCCUGCAAGGCUUCCAGUUUUCACUCCUGAAGAGAGAAAGAGGAUACAACGAACAGCUGACUUUUUAGGUUUAAACCACUACACCUCCCGUCUGGUCAACAGCAGUGAUGGCGGCUGUACCCCUGGUCCUCAGGGUGUUGGUGACUACCAGGCACAUGUGGACCCAUCGUGGUCCUCUACAGCAUCUGAAUGGAUAUAUUCUGCGCCUUGGGGUCUCCGAAGGCUUCUGAACUACAUUUCCACAGAAUACUUGAAUACUAACAAAGUGCCUAUCUUUAUAACUGGCAAUGGGAUGCCCACUGAGUACAGUGGGGACACUCUCAAUGACACCAGCAGAACAGAAUACAUGAGGCAUUACAUCAACGAGGCCCUCAAAGCAAUAGUUUUAGACGGAGUGGAUGUGCAACGAUUUACAGUGCAGUCACUCAUGGAUGGAUUUGAAGGGAAACAAGGCUACAGCCAUAGGUUUGGUCUGCACCAUGUCAACUUUGAAGAUGCAGACAGACCAAGAACACCAAAGCAAUCUGUAUAUUUCUACUCUCAGCUUAUCAAGCAAAAUGGAUUUCGUUCACACAAAAGUGAUGGUUUUAAAGGGGUAAAGAUUCAACCCACUCGCCGCCCCACUGCUUUAUCAUCCUCAGAGGUUCCAUCUAAAUCAAAAACUGUCUGGGAGAAAUUCUCACACCAGUCUAAAUUCCAGAGAAAAAUGUAUCACUAUGGUACAUUCCCCCAAGGCUUCAGCUGGGGAGUAUCAUCUUCUGCUUAUCAGAUUGAAGGUGCCUGGAAUGCUGAUAGGAAGGGGCCCAGCAUCUGGGAUACAUUCACCCAGAAACCUGGUAGCAUCCCUGGUAAUAGCAGUGGAGAUGUGGCCUGUGACAGCUACCACAGACUUGAAGAAGACUUCUACAUGCUUCGAGCUCUGAGGGUGAAGUCAUACAGAUUCUCUCUGUCCUGGUCUAGGAUCUUUCCUAAUGGUCGGCAUCCCUCUCUGAGCCAGAACGGUGUUGACUACUACAACAGGCUCAUUGAUGGCCUCUUAGCAUAUAACAUUACCCCCAUGGUGACACUCUAUCAUUGGGACCUCCCCCAAGCUUUGCAAGACCUCGGUGGCUGGGAAAACAUAGACAUGAUUAACAUUUUUAAUGAAUUUUGUGACUUUUGCUUUGCCACUUUUGGAGACAGAGUGAAAUUUUGGAUGACCUUCAACCAGCCUCAUACUAUUGCAUGGUCAGGAUAUGGUCUUGGAGAGAUUCCACCAAAUGUUAAAAAUCCAGGAAUUGCACCAUACAGAGUCGCACACAACCUGAUUAAAGCUCACGCCAAGGUCUACCACACAUAUGAUGAUAAGUACCGUGCCUCUCAAGGUGGUCUGAUAUCCAUCGCCCUCAAUGCUGACUGGAUUGAACCUAAAGAUGUUAACAUUUUCCGAGAAGUGCUGGCUGCUGACCGCGCCCUGCAGUUCAAACUGGGUUGGUUUGCACACCCUAUUUUCAAGAAUGGGGACUAUCCCGAUGCAAUGAAGUGGCAAGUCGGAAACAAAAGUGAACUUCAAGGUCUUUCAAAUUCAAGACUACCUGCCUUCACUGAACAAGAAAAGAGCUUCAUAAGAGGAACUGCUGACAUGUUCUGUGUAAAUCACUACACUACACAAAUUGCACGCCAUGCUACACUGAGACUUUCACCUCAGUCUUACAAAUAUGACCAUGAUUUGUUAGAAGCAGAAGAAAGUGGUUCACCAUCUACAGCCAUCACAAACCAGAGAGCUGUAGCAUGGGGCUUGAGAAGACUUCUCAACUGGAUCAAGGAGGAGUAUGGAGAUCCAGAGAUUUACAUUACUGAGAAUGGAGUAGCUACAGACUCAAAGACAACUUGGGAUGACACUGGCAGAGUAUUUUAUUACAAGACCUAUAUUGAUGAGGCUCUCAAAGCCUCUGACAUUGAUGGUGUGAAGGUGAAAGGAUACAUAGCAACCUCUCUUAUGGAUUCUUUUGAGUGGCUUAAUGGAUACAAAGUUGGAUUUGGGUUACACCAUGUGGACUUCACUAAUCCAAACCGACCAAGGACACCCAAGUACUCAGCCCAUUUCUACUUUCGGAAAGAUUUCAUUUGGAGUGUUUCAACGGCAUCAUAUCAGAUUGAAGGGGGGUGGAGAGCAGAUGGAAAAGGUCUCAGUAUUUGGGACAAGUUUGCUCACACUCCUCUCAAAGUGUUCAAUGAUGACAAUGGGGACAUAGCCUGUGACAGUUACAAUAAAAUAGAAGAGGAUGUUGCUAUUUUGAAGCAACUAAAGGUGACCCAUUAUCGUUUCUCCAUAUCCUGGUCGAGGGUGCUUCCUGAUGGUACCACCAAGCACAUCAACGAGGCUGGAAUCAACUACUACCACAGACUGGUGGAUGCACUCCUUGCUGCAAACAUUGAACCGCAUGUCACUCUCUAUCACUGGGACCUUCCACAAGCUCUGCAGGAUACUGGAGGGUGGGAGAAUGAAGCAAUUGUCUUCAAGUUCAGGGAUUACGCUGACCUCAUAUUUAGCCGUUUUGGUCACAAAGUGAAAUUUUGGAUCACCAUUAAUGAACCGUACAAUGUAGCCAACAUAGGCCAUGGAUAUGGAACAGCUGCGCCAGGGAUCAGUCUCAGACCAGGCACUCUACCCUACAUUGUGGGUCACCACCUUAUUAAAGCUCAUGCUGAGGCCUGGCAUCUCUACAAUGACACAUAUCGUGCCAGCCAGAAAGGAAUUAUCUCCAUCACCAUCAACUCUGACUGGACAGAACCCAGAAAUCCAUACAAGCAGGAGGACAUUGAUGCUGCAAGACGUGUACUGCAGUUCUACAUUGGCUGGUUUGCCCAUCCCAUAUUUAAUGGAGACUACAAUGACAUAAUGAAGACAGUCAUUCGAGAGCGAAGCUUAGCUGCUGGUCUGCCAAAAUCUCGGCUGCCUGAGUUUUCUCUAGAGGAAAUUAAGAGGAUUAAGGGCACCUAUGAUUAUUUUGGGUUCAACCAUUACACCACUGUCCUGACAUCCCCUGUGAAUUAUGGAAAGCUUCAGCACUAUGAUGCUGACAGGGGUGCAGGGUUAAUUGCUGAUCGUACCUGGCUGGAUUCAGGUUCAUCCUGGCUGAAGGUCUCACCAUUUGGAUUCCGGAAGAUUUUAAACUUUAUUAAGAAGGAGUACGGAAAUCCACCUAUUAUCAUCACUGAGAAUGGCAUCUCAGAGCGGGGGCCUUUCAACCUAAAUGAUAUUCACAGGAGCUAUUACUAUGAAAAAUACAUCAACCAGAUGCUAAAAGCUUACUUACUAGAUGACGUGGAUAUCCGUGGUUUCACAGCUUGGACGCUGAUGGACAACCUGGAGUGGGCCACUGGCUUUGAGGAGAGAUUUGGCCUUUUCUAUGUCAAUAGAUCAGACCCUAAUCUUCCUCGAGUGCCCAAGGCCUCUGCUGCCUUCUACACUACUCUAAUCAACUGCAACGGAUUCCCUGAUCCUGCCUUGGGGCCCCAUGAGUGUUUGAACCCUGUCCUUGAAGGGACGAGCGCACCUGUGCGGACAAGUGCACCUGCGGGGACGAGUGCACCUGUACGGACGACUGCACCUGCGGGGACGAGUGCACCGAUCACUAACAAUGCUGUGAGAUUCCUGGGUAUGGAGCUCUUUGCAAGUGAUGCUGAGACUGGACUUAACACCACCUUUGCUCUACUGAUUGUUGCUGUGUUUGGAGUUAUUUGUUCAUCCUUUUGA